GGUCGCCUGAGUCCGCUCGGUAACCGGCUCCCGCGUGCCCGGCUCCGACGCGGGGAGAAAGGGCCCCGGAGCGGAGCCGCGCUGGCCACGUGCCGCCUCCGGAGCGAGCAGCACCCCCAUGGCUGGAGGCUACGGAGUGAUGGAUGACGAUGGUUCUAUUGAUUAUACCGUUCACGAAGCCUGGAAUGAAGCCACCAACGUUUACUUGAUAGUGAUCCUUGUUAGUUUUGGUCUCUUCAUGUAUGCCAAGAGGAAUAAAAGAAAAAUCAUGAGGAUAUUCAGUGUGCCGCCUACAGCAGAAACUUUGUCAGAACCCAACUUCUAUGACACCAUAAGCAAAAUUCGUUUAAGACAGCAACUGGAAAUGCAUUCUAUUUCGAGGAAGUAUGACUAUCAGCAGCCACAACAGACCCAAGCCGACAGUGUGCGGCUCUCAUUGGAAUGAAAUCGCAGAAAAUGAGCGACAGAAAUAGUUGUGGGUAACCGGUGCAGUAGCACGCUGCUAAUUCUUUCUUUUAAAUCACAAACAGCAUUUUUUAAAAACUUCUGGCCCCAUAAAUUUAUUUUACUUAGGACUUUUCCCAAUUUUUUUUUUGUGUACGUGGUUUUGUGUUUUUUUUUUUUUUUUCAAUUGAAUCAUUGAGUCAUUUGUUACACAAAUAAAAAUGGCUCAGAGGUUCCAAAACACACAACCUGCCCAUGCCUAGGAACAUAAAAAACAACCAAAGACAGGUGAUCAUACCUUGUAAAGAGCUUUGAUUGUUUUCAGGAUACAAUGAGUCAAGUAGGAAAACUCAUCUUUGGAAGUGAGAAUUCCAGCACUUAGGCCAGCUUGAUAUGAAAAUUUUUGCAAAAUUCAAAAAUAAAAAUCCAGUCAUUGGGAUAACUUCUUGGAUUAUAUUGUGUGGUAAAUGUAAUACGAACGAUGGCUAAUUGAUGUUCUUCCUGCCAUGUUAACUCCCCUUUAAUUGAACUGACUAUCCUGACUUUCUCAGAACUUGCACCAUAGACUGUCUUUUCUGCUUCAUGAUCCAUCCCAUUCUGCUCAUUUUAGAAGCUUUCUAUGGCUGGGUCCCUGGAUGGCGCAGACUUUUAAGUGCUUGACUACUAGCCGAAAGGUGGAGAUUCAAACACACCCAGAGGUGCCUUAGAAGACAGGCUUGGCAAUUUGUUUCUGAGACGUCACAGCGUUGAAAACCCUAUGGAGCCAUUCUACUCCGUAUGCAUGGGUCACUAUGAGUCAGCAUCAACUCAUUGGUAGCUAACAACAAGUAUAUUCACAGGAGCUACCUUGCUUUUUUCCCCCAGUUUUAUUUCCACCAGAUGGAUCUUCUUGAGGCUGUCCUAGGGCCAUGCUGUUGUAUAAAUGGACAUCUCUAUUUUGAUGUUGGCGACUUGCUUUCCAGCCGUAUUACUAUCACUGUUUAAUAUUUUGCUCUGGUUACUUAUGCGUUUUCUGUAUAAUAAGCUUCCCUGAGGCCCCCAUAUCUUGUACCCCAUGUUGUACUGUACAAUGCAAUGUUUUUACAGCAUUUUUCACAUUUAUUUAAAUAUAGACUGGUUGAAGGCAGUGGUGUGGAAGUUCAAUUAUCCAUAUAACUUUUUUUUAAAAACUUGCUUUUGAAUCCAAGCUAUUCUUUUAAGGGUUAAUAAUCAUUGCAAGUCUUAUUCCCUUUUCCCUUUAUAAUUUUGAAAUAAAGAAUAUAAAUUUUAAGUGAUAAAAUUCAGGUUUAGACCAAAUAAAAUCAUUCAGGAAAAUUGCUUUUAUUUUUUUAUGUUUUAAUUCUAUCAUUCAAAAAUGUAUGUAUUAUACGAGAUAAGUUGUUAACCAAAUAGAGUAAGUCUUUCUUAACUCACAGAUGAGUUUUAUUGCACCACCUAUACCUGGAAUAAAAAACUGGCUAAAGGAUUGUAAACGUGUAAUCUGGGAUGAGGGGCAGGAUAGCAAGCAAACAGUCUGAAACUUUGCUUUGCUUAGGAGAACUGCAUAUUUCUCUGAAGAGAAUUGAAUCAAGAGAAGUGCUCUACUUAUCACUGACAUAGGACACAAUCUGGACAAAUUACAUAAACUGUCUCUCAGCUCAUUUGUAAAAAUAAUGUUCAUAAAUAAAUACAAAUCACAUGGUGAAA